CGGCGGGCGGGGUUGCGGACCCGGGCCGGUCUCGGCCGCCAGUCGGCGCCGCCCGCAGCGGGGAAACGCGGCCCGAGCGAGGCGCGGGCUGUGGGGCCGCCGCGUGCCCGGCCCCGCUCGCCCGUGCCCGUCGCCAGCCCGCCAUGCCCGGCUUCGACUACAAGUUCCUGGAGAAGCCCAAGCGGCGGCUGCUGUGCCCACUGUGCGGGAAGCCCAUGCGCGAGCCUGUGCAGGUGUCUACGUGUGGCCACCGCUUCUGCGACACCUGCCUGCAGGAGUUUCUCAGUGAAGGAGUCUUCAAAUGCCCUGAGGACCAGCUUCCUCUGGACUAUGCCAAGAUCUACCCGGAUCCAGAGCUAGAGGUCCAGGUGCUAGGCUUGGCUAUACGCUGCAUCCACAGUGAGGAAGGCUGCCGCUGGAGCGGGCCACUUCGUCAUCUACAGGGCCACUUGAACACUUGCAGCUUCAAUGUAGUCCCCUGCCCGAAUCGCUGCCCGGCAAAGCUGAGCCGGCGUGACCUGCCUGCUCACCUGCAGCACGACUGCCCUAAGCGCCGCCUCAAGUGCGAAUUUUGUGGCUGUGACUUCAGUGGGGAGGCCUACGAGAGUCACGAGGGUGUGUGCCCCCAAGAGAGUGUGUACUGUGAGAACAAGUGUGGGGCCCGCAUGAUGAGGCGACUGUUGGCCCAGCAUGCCACAUCUGAGUGCCCCAAGCGCACCCAGCCCUGUGCCUACUGUACAAAGGAGUUUGUUUAUGACACUAUCCAGAGCCACCAGUACCAGUGCCCACGCCUGCCUGUUCCCUGCCCCAACCAAUGUGGAGUGGGCACUGUAGCGCGGGAGGACCUGCCAACCCAUCUGAAGGAUAGCUGCAGCACUGCCUUCGUGCUCUGCCCUUUCAAAGAGUCUGGCUGCAAGCACAGGUGCCCUAAGCUGGCAAUGGGACGUCACGUGGAAGAAAGUGUAAAGCCACAUCUGGCUAUGAUGUGUGCCCUGGUGAGCCGGCAGCGGCAAGAGCUGCAGGAGCUGCGGAGAGAGCUGGAGGAGCUAUCCAUAGGCAGUGAUGGAGUGCUCAUCUGGAAGAUUGGCAGCUAUGGGCGUCGUCUACAGGAGGCCAAGGCCAAACCUAACCUGGAGUGCUUCAGCCCAGCCUUCUAUACACACAAGUAUGGCUACAAGCUGCAGGUGUCUGCAUUCCUUAAUGGCAAUGGCAGUGGCGAGGGUACACACCUCUCCAUCUACAUUCGUGUGUUGCCAGGCGCCUUUGACAAUCUCCUCGAAUGGCCCUUUGCCCGCCGCGUUACUUUCUCCCUGCUGGAUCAGAGUGAUCCAGGUUUGGCUAAGCCACAGCAUGUCACUGAGACCUUUCACCCUGAUCCAAACUGGAAGAACUUCCAGAAGCCUGGCACUUGGCGAGGCUCCCUGGAUGAGAGUUCUCUGGGCUUUGGCUACCCCAAAUUCAUUUCCCACCAGGACAUCCGAAAACGAAAUUACGUGCGGGAUGAUGCAGUUUUCAUCCGUGCCUCUGUCGAACUGCCCCGGAAGAUCCUCAGCUGAGAGUACAGCCUUUUGGCUUCAAGUGGGAAGGGAGGUGGGACAAGAUCUCAGGCACUGGCUGAAACUGGAUUGGGGGCCGGACCUCCUUUCAGCUUCUUUUGCCUAGGCUGUUAGUCCACUCUCCCUACCACCACCACUAUCCUAUCCCUACCCCUCAGGUGCCUCCAAUUGGUGCUUCAGCCCUGGCCCCUGGGGGGAGCAGGUCUCGGGGUUAUCAAGGGCUGGAAACAUGAUCCCAGGGCCUGUCUCCCCUCCUGGGCAGGGCAGACAUGCCUUGGUGCCAGCCACAUUCUACCUGGACUGAGGUGCCUGCUCAGGUGCUAUGUCCCAAGAGCCAUAGUGGGGGUGGGAGGUAUUGGCCAAGGGAGGGGUAGUUAGAAGAAUCUGCCUUGAGAUUAACUUCUCUUUCCAUUCACCCAGUGGUGCCCUCUCUGGUUAUUUAUUUCUCUAGUGCUAGGAGGGCACAGCAGGGUAACUCUGAUUUUUAAUAAAUCCUGAAUUGUAUUUAUUAACUUGAUUCCAGCCUGUCUCCUCCCAGGGCUCUGGGAGGCUGGGCCUCUGGAGGAGAGAAAACUGCUCUGCUUGCAGCCAUACCUCUCUGGUGGACAAUAUGGGAAUUGCAGGAAACUUUUGAGUGGGAGUGUCACCUGCCCUCUGGUGGUUCAAUAGACAGGUGCAGGAACCACUUAAGCUGGCAUCUCCAGUCCAUACCUCACCAAAGACAAGUGCUCUGUUUAGCAGGUCUGUCUGUAUCAGUAAUUACCAUGUGCAAAUAUGUGUGUAGUCCAAAGAUCAACAUCAGGUGUCUUCCUCAGUUACGCUCCACUUUUUUGAGAUAGAUCAAAAAUCCUGGAGUUUGCUGAUUCCACAAGACUAGACCUUCCCUUGACCGACCCAGCAGCCUGGGUGCACAGGUGUGCAUUGCCGUAUCCAGUUUUUCACACCCAGGCCAUCUUUACAGCCUGAGGUCUUGUGGCCAGGAGUCAAGUGUAGUAGCUUUUACCCCUCAGAGUAAAUGGGCCAUGGUGAAGAGUUAAUGAGGCUGCAUGUGCCUGAGAGAUUAAGGACUGAAUGAAUGAAUGUUAGUCUGUACUCCAGGAGUAAAAGGAGCCUUCAAGAUGUACAAAGCACUUAAGAUUUCCUCACCUGUAAUGUCAUUUGCUUUUUGGGCAGUUCUGAAUGGUUGCCUCUGACUGCAUACAUUUCAUCAGUCAACUAAGAAUAGAAGCAGAUUGACUCCAUCAGUUAGUUUGGGGCAAGGCCUGGAUUUCUGUGGGGUCCGUCCCCCUCUUCCCCCCCUGCAUGCCAGACCUGACUACUUACAUGCACAAACCCUGAAUUCUUCACUAGUAGGCCUAUAGCUCCCACUAAUUUUGGCAAUAAAUUUGGGCUUGCUUUUGGCAAGUUAUUUAGUAUUUUGGGGUUAACUACACGUAUUAAUGGUAAAAUGAAUCCUGCUCAACUACUGGUCUUGGAAUGUAAUCAUGACAGGAGGUAAUUAACAUGAAGUGUCUCUUAUGGCCCAGCACAGGGAAACAUGCAAGGGCAUGUAAGCCUGUAAGCUGAAAUGGUCCUGGCUCUGUAGGGGAGGUGAGAAGGGCCUUUAGGAAGACAAGAGGUCACUCACUAUGUGAGGGUUGCUUAGCUCUCACUGGUAUUUUCACUAUCCAAUCAGGGGGACCAUGGGACCUUAGCUGAGAGAGCCAAAAUGCUCCCCCACCAUACAAAUACGGUGGACAUAACCAGCUGCUGGCAGGGAAUGGGUCAAACUCUUACAGAGUUUCUGAAACUGGACAGCUUGGGCUAAAGCUGAUGUCUCUGCUAAUAAGUCAACCACACGACUGAAAUGUGUAACACCUUGCGAUUGACACACUAUGCUGGUCCAGUGGCCUGUCCCUCAUCCCAGCUGUAAUUAGCAUUAUGGAGUUCAGCACACGUCAGAGCAUGGGAGUGGACUCAGCUCUGUCCAGUAGCACUGCAGACAGCUGGCUAACCUCCCUCUGACGUUGGGUACACUGAAGGCUUGCUGGUGCAGAGUGCUUGCUAGACAUAAGGGGAGCUCUGUUGUAAUUCCCCUGCUACAAGUGGGAGGGAGGUUUAUAUUUGUUGGAGGGCUUAAUGGGAAAACAGACACCUACUUAGGACUGAUGGAGUCAAAGAGCUGCGCUGAAGCACCAGUUUCCAGCUGGUCCCUAACUAGGGCUUGACUGAACUACAUAUAACCCUAACUAACCCCAGUCUGGGACGAUAAAUUGGGAGGGCAUUUGAGAGGUGAAUGGGAUAUUGCCACCACCAACGAAAUUCCCCCUUUACUAAGUGAAAUGUUACACAGAUGGUCCAAAAGAAGCCCCUAAACACCUCAAGCAUUCACAUUAAACGAAUAG